CUCUCACUAGCAGCAGAAGGUAUUGCCUCAAAAAUAAUAAAUGAGAUAACAAAUUUUGAGUAUUUAGCUGUUGCUUUUGCGUUUAUUGGAAAAAGAGAAGCCAUGUUUUGGUGCAUUGAUUGAUCAAGAAAGCGACGGCCCGUGUGUCUCUUCAUUGCUUAUAUCAUCAUCUCUUCAAGAGAGAGAGAGAGAGAGAGAGAGAAGAAGGAAAGUCUGGGUUCUCGCGUUGAAUUCCUUCGCAUCUUUUCACUUCCACACCUUCACACAAUCAAGAUUCAAUUUGUAUUAUUCCAAUCGCGAUGAGAGGCACGAUCGAGCAGACCCUGACGGCGGAGGCGUCAGGCGUCCUGAGCCAGUCGAUCGCGAAUGCCCGCCGCCGCAACCACGGCCAUACCACGCCGCUGCACAUGGCGGCGGCGCUCCUGUCAUCGCCGUCGGGUCGCCUCCGUCAGGCAUGCAUCCGGUCCCACCCAAACUCGAGCCACCCGCUACAGUGCCGCGCCCUCGAGCUCUGCUUCAGCGUGGCCUUGGACCGCCUCCCCACCACCCCGACCCCUACCCUGGAGCCGCCGCUCUCCAACGCCCUCACGGCGGCGCUCAAGCGCGCCCAGGCCCACCAGCGCCGCGGCUGCCCUGAGCAACAGCAGCAGCCGUCUCUCCUCGCCGCCAAAGUGGAGCUUGACCAGCUGAUCAUCUCCAUCCUCGACGACCCCAGCGUCAGCCGCGUCAUGAGGGAAGCCGGCUUCUCCAGCCCCGCCGUCAAAGCCGCCGUUCAGCACCGAUCGUUUGCCAAUCCGCCUCGGCAUUUGAGCAUGCCUUUGGAGGGUGUUUCUCCGUUGAGUAGACGCGUAUUUGAGAAGCCCGAUCCAUCGGAACGAGCCCCCUACUGCUGUCAGUGCUCGGAGAAUUAUGAGAAGGAAGCAGCCAGGCUCACCUCCGUUCACAAAUCAUUCUCCGAAACCGCACCUCUGCCACAAUGGUUGUGUAACACCAAAUUCAAUACCAGUAGGAUUCAAGAAUUGCAGAGGAAAUGGAGGGACAUAUGUUUGCAUCUGCAUCCUAACUUCCAUGCUUGCAGACCGCUCUCUAUGGCGAGCUUUCGUAAUCCCAGCCCGCUCACACGACCAACGCUCCACCUUCCCCUGCAGCUCGGCACUGAUCAUAGCCCCCCGGGGAGUCCUGUGAGGACCGAUCUUGUUCUCGGACGAAAAGGGGCCACUUGUGAAGAUCAACCACGGACUAACCUGCUCGAUAAAUCUUCUAAAGGUUUGGAUGCGGACACGUACAAGAAACUACACAAGGCCCUAAUGGAGAAGGCAUGGUGGCAGGCAGAGGCAGCCUCCACAGUGGCCUCGGCCAUCACUCGUUGCAGAUCAAUCAAUGGGAGGCGUCGCGGUGCUACAUCGAGAGGGGAUGUUUGGCUGUUGUUCACAGGUCCGGAUAGAGCUGGGAAGAAGAAGAUGGCAUCAGUGCUAGCUGAGCAGAUUUGUGGGACUAAUCCUAUCAUGAUAUGUCUUGGCACGAGGCGAGAUGGUGAAGAAUCGGAGACUAACAUCAGAGGUAGAACAGCCAUUGAUCAGAUAGCAGAGGUGGUCUGGAGGAAUCCAUUUUCAGUGAUCAUGCUUCAAGAAAUCGACGAAGCAGACAUGCUUGUUCGUGGCAGGAUCAAACAGGCAAUCGAGAGGGGCCGAAUCGCUGAUUCUCACGGCCGUGAGGUCAGCCUUGGCAGUGCCAUCUUUAUCCUAGCUGGUGUUUGGUCAGCAACGAAUUUUGAAGAUCUUAGAGAUGGUAGAUUUGUAGAUGAAGAUAAGCUUGCUACAGCCGGUGGGAAUUGGCGGUUAGGGCUAGUUGUUGGGGCGAAAACCGGCAAACGCUGCGCUAGUUGGUUGCACGAUGUUGAUGUUGAUGUUGAUGAUGAUAAUGGUGGUGGUAGGGCGUUGAAGCCACGAAGAGAGGUUGCGAGUGGCCUCUCGUUGGACUUGAAUCUCGCGGCUGGAGACGUGGAGGAUGAGCGAACGGACGGCUCUCAUAACUCGAGCGACCUCACUAUUGAUCAUGAGGAGGAGUUGAGCCAUGUCAACCAGCAUUGCUCUGUCACAUCAGUUCCUCAAGAUCUUCUCCACAAUGUCGAUGAGUCUGUCGCGUUCAAGGCUGUUGACUCUGCCUUGGCUCGAACGGAGAUUAAGAAGGCGAUCGCCUCGAAGUUCUCGAUGAUCAUGGACGAAAAAUUGUCCCUAGAAAUAGAAGAUGAUGUGUUAGACAGGAUUCUAGGAGGGCUAUGGCAUGAUAGGACCAGUUUGAAGGAAUGGAUUCGGAAAGCUCUCGAACCGAGCUUUGAUCAGCUCAAGGUCCGUCUAUCAGAUGGUGGCGGGAGUGGCGAUUUGGUAGUGCGGCUUGUCAUCGAAUCUGAGUCCGGCGGUCGGGGGCGGAGCAGGAACAGUGGAGAUUGGUUGCCUAGUAGCAUCUUAGUAUGAAUGAGUUAAUGUUGUAGGGUACAUAAAUGGUAUUUCUUGUUUCUGUUGGGGUCAUAUUUGUUUAAUAUGUAAAACUUUUGGGUGGGAAUUUGAAAUUUGUAAACAGUGCUUACUCAUCCUAACUCAUUUUCCUUUA